CGUCCUGAAGUCUCUGGGCCACCCGGAGGAGAUCUACAACCUGUUGAAAUUUAAAAUGGGAGGCUGCCGAGCCGUCAUGCCCAAAUUGGAUUACGUGAGUACAAACGGAUAAACACGUCACGUCCGUGCAGAGAGAGAAUGGAGGAUUCUUAUUUUGUGCACGAGGUUGGUUGAUAUGUGAUGGAACGGUUUUGACGACAAUGUGACCCCGACGGUUUCAAAACGAACGAUUUCAAACCUUGCAUUUAAUAUCAACAAAAUGAUCCUGAAUUUAAUGGAAAGGGCUUUCCUGCCGAAGUAGCCACAGCUUUGUGCUCUUACACUUGUCCGCCACCAGAUGUCGACAGGAACCACAUAAAGAUCCAGCUGCAGACAACAUUUCGACGUUCAGUACGUUCGAUUUGGAACAUGUUACCGGUGAUGCAAAACUACUAGUGGGCAUAUUUGGUGCCGCUGGUAGGAUCCAGGAGGCUACUAGUGCGUGACACAUAGUAGUAGUACUAGUAAGGUUGACUGAAUACUAGUUGGCCAAAAGAGGCACUAGUAGUACAAAUGGUGCUCGUUGCGCCCUAGUCGUUCUUCAAGUGCAGUGAUUCUCAAGCGGGGACUUCCUUCAGUAGUGGUACACGAAAGAAUCUGAAUUAAGUCCAAAUAAAUGAAUGAAUAUAUUUUAUAUGACAUUUUAUACUUUAAUAUACUACAUCCAUGUUAGAGAGUCGAAAUAGGUGGUUUUGGCCUCCCCUAUUUUGACUACGUCUAAAAAUAAAACAUUUUUGGGAGAUGCUAGGUUUCUAGGGAAUAAAACCUAAGCCAUGUGUGUGGUUUUUUUUUUUUUUUUUUUUUUUUAAAUGAACACCUAGGCCUACUACACCACUGUACUUUUUAAUGUUGGACAUUGUGGUGGUACUUGAAGAGAUGAAUAAGUAUUUCUUUAGGUGGUACUCGGUGUAAUUUGUUCGAGAAGCAGCUGUGCUCGUGCACCAAAUUGUCUUCCUCGCGAGGACAGAGUGCGACCACCUUGCCACAUUCAAUAUGGCGGCACGCGCGCAGCAGCGCACGCCGCGGUCUCUUCCUCUAAGUCUACGCCGCUCGCGCCUCGCUGGCGGAGGAAGGCGGGGCUCCGUUUGUUGCCCCCCUCGGAGGUCGGCUCCCGCGGCUCGUCGCUCGUUCGUCCGCUCGUCGCUCCACGGAGCGCGCAUGGCCGCCGGCGCGUGCUGCAAGUGUCCCGUCUCGCUGGCCGCGUUCAAGCGCUCCCUGUCGGUGGCCGCCUGUCCCCGCUCGCUGCUGUCGGGCCGGAGGUUCGGCGAGCGCGGCCUGCGGGAGGCCGUCGCCCGGCCGUCCGGGGCCGCGAGGGCGGCGGGGGCGGGCGGCGGUCGUCACGCGGCCUCGUGUUGUGUGUCGUGCCAGGAGUCCAUGAGCCAGAGCCUGCGGACGUGUUACGUGUACCUGAACCAGACCAGCAGGAGCUUCGCGGCCGUCAUUCAGGCCCUGGACGGCGAGCUCAGACACGCCGUGUGCAUUUUCUACUUGGUGUUGCGGGCGCUGGACACGGUGGAGGACGACAUGAGCAUCCCGCUGGACACGAAGGUCCCCAUGCUGCACGAUUUCCACACCUACCUGUACCAGGACGCCUGGAGCUUCAGCGAGAGCCGCGAGAAGGACCGGCAGGUUCUGGAGGACUUCCCCACGAUAUCUUUGGAAUUCCGAAAUCUGGCUCAAGAGUACCGGGAGGUGAUCUCGGACAUCUGCCGCCGGAUGGGAGUCGGAAUGGCCGAAUUCCUGGAGAAGAAAGUGGGAUCCAUGAAGGAGUGGGACAAGUACUGCCACUACGCGGCGGGGCUGGUGGGCGUCGGCCUGUCUCGCCUGUUCUCGGCGUCGCGGCUGGAGGACCCCGAGGUGGGCCGGGACGCGGACUUGGCCGACUCCAUGGGCCUGUUCCUCCAGAAGACCAACAUCAUCCGAGACUAUCUGGAGGACACGAAGGAGGGACGCGCCUUCUGGCCGCGAGAGGCGUGGAGCCAGUUCGCGGGCCGUCUGGAGGAGUUCGCGCAGCCCGAGAAGCUGGAAUCGGCGCUGUCGUGUCUCAACCUGCUGGUCACGGACGCGCUGCGCCACGUGCCGGACGUCAUCGCCUACCUGGCCCGCCUCCGCAACCGGAGCGUCUUCAAUUUCUGCGCCAUCCCUCAGGUGAUGGCGAUAGCGACGCUGUCCUCGUGCUACAACAACCCGCUGGUGUUCCAGGGCGUGGUGAAGAUCCGCAAGGGGCAGGCGGUCACGCUCAUGAUGGAGGCCACCGACAUGCCGGCCGUGCAGAACAUCAUCAGCCAGUACAGCCAAGAGAUGGUGCACAAGGUGUCGCCGGCCGACCCGUCGCGGGCCGAGACCCUGCGCGUGCUGGCGCUGAUCCGGGAGAAGUCUCGGCCGUCCGGCCCGCCCGUCAGGAGCCGCCGCCUGUCGCCCGUCUACCUGUCGGCCGCCAUGCUGCUGGCCGCCGUCAGCUGGCAGUACCUCGGCGCCACGGCGGCGCAGGGUGCCGGCGACGUGCACGGACAGUAAACAAAAGAACAAAAGGACUCGUGACGGCCCCUGGGAUUCGCUUCUCCAGCGGGUGGACACGCUGCAAAUAAGCGCUACUAGCAGGUGGUAUGGAAGGCCGUUUGAGCCACGCCUAAAAAAAAAAGUCAGGAGAACUGUACUGUUCAAAAUCAGUUCAUGCUACACCUCCACAAUUCAGUGCUACAUAGUUCUCAGCAAUUCUCUUCAAAUGUUUGUAAUGUAUAGAGAAACAAAUUACACUUCACGGGGUCUCAGUAUAUGACGGAAGUGGCACUAGUAGCGGGGAAAAAAACUUUACUGGUAAGACACGGACGGUUGUUCUGGAUUGUCUUCGUAGUAAGGACAAAGAGCGUAGCAGCACCGUCAAGGCUGUCGCCGAACCUCUCCGGCCGCUCGCCGUCGCGUCGGAACCCGCUUUGCACGCACUUUGGCAUUCGCCGGCAUCUCGGACUCGCUGUUUUUAUGGUUCGCUUGCUCUUUGGCCUUUCGGGGGUUGAAAACUCCCGCAUCCUGGUGAAAGGUGAAAUAUUUUAGAGCUCCCCAAAACUCACUCGGUCGAAUUCCAGGGCUCGUACGAGGGAAUUCUUGAAGAAAAACCGAGCCCCCGACGGCAGUUUUAUCGAGGGACACGACAACGUCGAUCGUAACGGGACGCACGGGGAAGUCUCAAGGACCCGUGGCCUACGUUGGACAGGAAGCCGCCAUUUUGGGGCAAAAUGUACUUUGACAAAUUCAUUUGGAAGAUUGGCCAUGAAAAAGGGCAGCUUGGAUUUCCGUCUGCUUGAAUAUCCCCGUGGAAAAUUUCUGGCUCUCCAAACAGUUUUUGUUUGAAUUUUGUUUGGCGUUCUCUUAUAAACUCUUAUUUUGCUCAAAUUAGGUCCGCAUGUAACCGUUAAGAAUAACCCGAAGCCUGUAGAAAUAGAAUUUGUAUCAUUCUGAGGUGUUUUAUACUUAAAAAGGGAAAUGUUUGAAUCGUGAGGCCGCUAGCGAAGUGUCCUUUAAAGAACUUUGGCCAGCACAAAGACACCAAAGCUAAAAAGCUAAAAAUGUCGAUCACACGACAUUUCUGUGUCGUGUGAUCGUCAUUAGACGAGAGUAUGUACAUAUCGGAGCAAAUAAAAGAAGCUGGAAAGGAAAUGAGCAAUGUGCAGUGAUUUUGGCAACGAGCAGAUUGCGUUCAAGGGUGUACGUUCUUUUCGCAGCAAUUCGAGCCUUGCGCGACCUGAGAAUUUGACAGCAUCACCGAUUUAUCGACAGAGCGUGACAAACUAGUCAUGAAACCGCCGUGUGACCUGCGUGAUGUGCCACUUGUAAAAAUGACAACAACCAGUUUCUUUCUUUCUUAUUUAGCUAACACAGCCGAGUAGGGAAUCGAGUGUGAUUAUUUGCUAAAAACAAAAAAAGUUUAUGAGUUUGAACAUGAAAUAUCUCGUCUUUGUAGUGUAUUCAAUGAAAUAUAGGUGGAACGUGAUUUGCCAA